UUUCUGCUUGGCUAUAAGAAUCUCCCUCUCUCUGCCUCUCUCUCUCAUUGAUGAUAUAUUGAAAGUGUUUGUAAGGAUUUGCAGCAUUUGGCUCUCUCUCACUGAUGAUAUAUCGAAAGUGUUUGUAAGGAUUUGCAGCAUUGGAGAGGGAAAGGAAGGAUGGAUUGUUGUGUGUGCAGUCCAUUGGCAGGCAAUUUUAGGCCCCCAAGGAACACCCUUUGCAAGAACUGCUUUGAUGGAGCAUGGUGCAUCUUGAAUUUCCUCCAAAAGCUUGAUACCACCCCACAAAAUCAACCACUUGAUGAUGAGGCAGCAAAAUCAAGAAGUAACACAUCAAGGAUCAUGGCUUUCCAGGGGCUUUCUCAUGCCUUCAAUCGAAUGAAGGAACUAAAAGAUGUGGUCGAUAGUUUACAUGCAAGAGUUGGGUUUCUAGAGGACUUUAAAUUUGUUUUUGAAAAUGCAAUUCACACUGAUAUCUUGAUCAAGCCAGCUGAUGGACCUGCAAUUCCUGCACACAAAGCAAUUUUGGCAUCAAGAUCUCCAAUAUUUCGAACCAUGCUAGAAAUCGAUGAAUGUAAAGCACCACCAACAGAGACCAUCACUCUUCCAGAUCUGAACCACCAACAACUCCACUCUUUGUUACAGUUCCUGUACAAUGGGAGCUUCCCUGAAGAGAAGAUUCAAAAACACGCGGAAAUACUCUUAGUUGCAGCUGACAAAUACAACAUUCCCUUUCUUCAAAGACAAUGCGAGCUUCAGAUACUUCGGACCCUCAACUCAACGAAUGCCCUUAAUAUUCUUGAGUUGUCUGAGACAUGCUCUAAUGAACCCCUUAAGGAGACUGCCUUGAACACUAUCCUGAAACAUCAUGAAGAAAUACUCUUCUCUGAGAGAUACGAUGAGUUUGCUUUAGCAAAUACACGCCUUUCUGUGGAGGUUACUAGGGCCCUGUACAAAGCCCUUAAGGCAAAAGCCAAUAUUUCAAGCUUGAAUUCUUGUUGAUGCUAGUUCUUCAAUAGCUGUGAAUGUACGUGAUUCUUUGACUAAUAUUCUUCUAACUCUUUUUAUUGGGUAAUUCUUAGGAAAAUUUGCUUAAGGCUCAUAAAUAAUUUGUGGAAUUACUCUGUAGUCUAAAUUUUCCAAGCCCAAGGCCUUUUUUCC